GGAGGCAGGGAGCCGCCACUGCUGGGCACCACAGGAUACCACGGGGCGCAGGAGCCUGGAUUGCCCCAGCUAGGCCCGGGCAUGGCCUGAACACGCAGGAGAUCCCGGAAUCUGGACCGAAGAGGAAAAGGAAGGUGGAUUUCAGCUAAGCAUAGCGUGGGCACCAGGCAGGGAGAAGAGUAGAGGCUUCACCUGGCACGGGGCAGAGGGGCCCGGAGCUUACUAGGCCAGCGUGGGCACCAGAGAGCCUGGCAUCCGAGCAGCCACGACCUGGGCUCUGCCCUGCCUGAGCAGGGAACGCAGCAUAGCUCCUGGACCUGGCUGGCACAGGCCUGGAGCAGAAGCAGUUAUCUCACCUGUCUGAAAGGAAGGUCGGGAGCUGAGAAACCAGGAUCUGGCCUGGCCCAAAGUGGGGCUCUCUGGUGGCUCAGAGCUGGGCACCUGGGGAGCUAGCCUCCUGCCCCAGUCCCACUGGUACGGAUGUGCCGCUGUCCCCUGGAGCAUCAUGACAACAGGAUGACCUCUGCUGAGGCAGCGGCAGUGGCUGGUAGUGCUCGGGUGGCUGGGUCCCCCGAGUGGCCCCCCGAUACCCCCCAGGCCCCUGGGCGGCCUGGCCGGGUCCGGGUGGCCGUGGCAGCACUGGUAUGGCUGCUGACCGGAGCCAGCAUGUCCAGCCUCAACAAGUGGAUUUUCACGGUGCAUGGCUUUGGGCGGCCCCUACUGCUCUCAGCACUACACAUGCUAGCAGCAGCGUUGGCAUGCCAUCGGGGAGCUCGACGCCCCAUGCCCAGUGGUACCCACCGCCAAGUGCUGCUGCUCAGUCUUACCUUCGGCACCUCGAUGGCCUGCGGCAACGUCGGCCUGAGCUCUGUACCCCUGGACCUGGCUCAGCUGGCCACCACUACCACACCAUUGAUCACACUGGCCCUGUCGGCGCUGCUGCUCGGCCGGCGCCACCACCCACUGCAGUUCGCUGCCAUGGGCCCACUCUGCCUGGGGGCUGCCUGCAGCCUGGCAGGUGAGCUCCGGACACCACCCGCUGGCUGUGGCUUCCUGCUGGCUGCCACCUGUCUCCGUGGCCUCAAGUCCAUUCAGCAGAGUGCCCUGCUGCAGGAGGAGAGGCUGGAUGCGGUGACCCUGCUGUACGCCACCUCGCUGCCCAGCUUCUGCCUGCUGGCAGGUGCGGCCCUGGUGCUGGAGGCUGGUGUGGCUCUGUCACCUGCUCCCACUGACUCCCGCCUCUGGGCCUGCAUCCUGCUCAGCUGCCUCCUGUCCGUGCUCUACAACCUGGCCAGCUUCUCCCUGCUGGCCCUCACCUCUGCCCUCACAGUCCACGUCCUGGGCAACUUCACUGUCGUGGGCAACCUCGUCUUGUCCCGGCUUCUGUUUGGCAGUCGCCUCAGCACCCUCAGCUAUGUGGGCAUUGCACUCACCCUUUCAGGAAUGUUCCUUUACCACAACUGCGAGUUCGUGGCCUCCUGGGCUGCCCGUUGGGGCUUCUGGAGGAGGAACCAGCGUGACAAGGGUCUUUGAGACCUAGGUGAGCACCUGGGCUAUCUGGGACAGCCCCAGCCUGAAUCCACCCAUGGCCAGUGGCCAGGGGAAAAGUGGAGAGCAGGCAGCCACUGGGGCCGUGGGAGGGAGAGGCGCCUUCGGGAAAGGCCACCUUGGGGGCUGAAAUGGGGUCUCCUAGAGAGACCCAUCUGUCCCUACCUGCCUGUCCUCAUCACAGACCCCACUCACCACUGGAUGGUGGGUCCAAGCCUGGCACAGUCACUGUGCUUGUCAGAAUAAUUAUUAUUAAUAUCAACGACUAUGCCGAAAAUUGCUGGCCAAACUUUGAGAACCUCACCGUGUUCUGAUGACGAUGACGAUUCUUAGUGGUUGCACAAUCUUGACUCCAGGAAAUGGGGGAGGCAGCUAGGAGGCCCAGGGAGGGGCUUCUUGCUGCUGGGCUCCCCUGGUGAGGUGGGGUCAUCUGUGCCAACUCCUGGCAGCUGCUGUGGCCUCAUCCCGGGGCCCCCAAAUUUUGGAUCUUCCAUCCUCAAAUAAACUAUUUUUGCUUGUA